UGAUGGCAUUGUCAAUGUAAGCGUCAUUUCCGCAUAGUAUAAAAGCAAAAUAUCGUUUCCGGUUAUGCAUUUCGUUUUAGUGAGUGACCGCGUGGUGUUGUGACUACCUCACAACCCACCUAAUAUAGUGAGAACAUUAACUGAAAAAUACAAAAAAAAUAUAAAAGUACAAAGAAAAAACAAAAGAAAAAAAAGAAAAAAUGCGCAAAACAUAAAAGGAAAUAUUUAAAUAUAAGUAAUAUUUGUUUUCGUUUUAUGUGUUUUAACAAGGUAUUGUUAUGAACUUCUGUUGAAAUAAGACUGAUAAGAUGAAUCCCGGGGCCCCAAAUUACCCCAUGGCGUCCCUGUACGUCGGCGACUUGCAUUCUGAUAUCACUGAGGCAAUGCUGUUUGAGAAAUUUUCGACUGCCGGCCCAGUGCUUUCUAUACGUGUUUGCAGAGAUUUGAUCACUAGACGCUCUUUAGGGUAUGCCUACGUUAAUUUCCAACAACCUGCGGACGGAGUUCUAGAUACCUGAUGCUGAAAGAAAUAACAUGAAUCUUUGCUGCUGCAGUUCACUAGAACAAUGUUGACAAUUAGCUUUUGUUAUUGAAAGUGACUCAUUUCAUUUGUUAUUUGAUGACAUUGCAAUGUGUCAACAUUGACAAGAAUAAAAAAAUGAUAAGUGGGCUGUGUAAGAGUUGAUCCUAAAAAAUCUAGGGUCUCCCAGCACCUUUAGCAGCUUGACAAACUUCCUAGUUCCACGUAAGAAUAACAGCUCUUCAUUUUUUAGUAGUAAUAGUAUAUUUAUUGUAUACUACAGAUAUUUUUCUUGCUUUUUCCAAUAUAUUAUAUUAUGGGGAAUUACAUUUUUUUGACUGCUGUUCAUCCAUGUAUGAUGUGUCAUAACUGAUAACAAGCCUGAUAAGAUUGAAUUGGUAUUGAUAUUUAUGGAAUAAAUACACAUUGAUGCAUUCUGAACAGGCUUUGAGAAUUGAAAAAUUUGAAUCAUGUAGUCAUUACUUAUCACACAUUUUCAAAUGAUGCUUAAAAAAGGAAUGAUCAAUAACAGAAUCAUGCUUUCAUGUGUCUAUAAUUUAUUCAAAAAUGUUGGUAUUUUUUUGACUAGAAUGUGCCAUAUUUUAUUAAAUAUUCAAAUAGGUGUUUUCUAAAUAUGUUUUUAUAACAUACUAUAGGGCUUUGAUGAUUAGUAGUUGAAUUAUAAGCUAGUGAGUGUGCAAAAACACUCAACACUUACAGCCAGCCAUUUUGAAAGAUAGAGAGCAUUAUCUAGCUGAACGAGCCUUAGAUACUAUGAACUUUGACUUGAUUAAAGGAAGGCCUAUCCGCAUAAUGUGGUCACAACGAGAUCCAUCUCUGCGCAAAUCUGGUGUAGGAAACGUGUUCAUCAAGAAUUUGGACCGCUCAAUAGACAACAAGGCUAUGUACGACACCUUCUCCGCCUUUGGCAACAUUUUGAGCUGCAAGGUAGCUCAGGAUGAAAAUGGAACUAGCAAAGGCUACGGUUUUGUGCAUUUUGAAACUGAGGAAGCUGCAAACCGGUCUAUUGAAAAGGUGAAUGGCAUGUUGUUGAACAACAAGAAGGUCUAUGUUGGUAGGUUCAUCCCUCGGAAAGAAAGAGAAAAGGAACUUGGCGAGAAAGCCAAACUGUUCACCAAUGUUUAUGUCAAGAAUUUUGGAGAGGAUGUUGCUGAAGAACAGUUGAAGAAUAUGUUCGAGAAGUAUGGAAAAAUCACUAGCCUCAAAAUCAUGUACAAGGAGGAUGGAAAAUCGAAGGGCUUUGGUUUUGUGGCUUUCGAGAGCCCCGACGCUGCCGAGGCAGCUGUAGAAGCCCUGAAUGGCAAAGAAUUGAUCGACGGUAAACCUCUGUACGUCGGCCGCGCUCAGAAAAAAGCUGAAAGACAACAGGAGCUGAAGAGGAGGUUCGAGGCGUUGAAAAUGGAGAGGCUCAAUCGGUACCAAGGAGUCAACCUGUACGUUAAGAACCUUGACGAUACCAUUGAUGAUGAAAGACUUAGGAAGGAGUUCGCGCCUUUUGGAACCAUAACAUCUGCUAAGGUAAUGAUGGAAGAAGGCAGGAGCAAGGGUUUUGGUUUCGUCUGUUUUUCUUCACCCGAAGAAGCUACAAAGGCUGUGACAGAAAUGAAUGGUCGCAUUGUUGGAUCGAAACCUUUAUAUGUUGCUCUUGCUCAAAGGAAGGAAGACCGAAAGGCCCAUCUCACUUCUCAGUAUAUGCAACGUAUGGCGAACAUGCGCAUGCACCAAAUGGGUCAAUUCAUCCAACCGGGUGCUAGCAGCGGAUUUUUCGUACCGACUAUUCCAGCAGCGCAGCGGUUUCUACGGGCCAGCUCAGAUGGCGCAGAUCCGUACUAGCCCCAGGUGGCCAGGGCAAGCACCAGUCAGACCCGGUGGCCAAGCAGGAGCUGGCGCCUACGCAGGGAUGCCGAACGCGUUCCGCGCGGCUGCUCGUCCGCCCAACCAAUCGGCAGGAAUGCGUAGCAACAUGAACGUUACCAGGCCGAUGACCGGCCCCGGCCAGCAACCGACCGGCAUGCAGGGCCGCCCUCUGCCUGGCCAAUCGGCGGCCGGCGUAGUGGUGGCGCCUGGCAGCCGACCGACCAACUUCAAGUAUACGUCCAACAUGCGCAACCCGCCGCCGGCAAUGGGAUUGCAGCCCACCGCGCAGCCGGUGCAGCAAGCGGUACACAUUCAAGGUCAGGAGCCGCUCACGGCGACCAUGCUCGCGGCCGCGCCCCCGCCAGAACAAAAGCAGAUGCUCGGGGAGAGGCUGUUCCCUUUGAUUCAGAGGAUGUACUCGGAUUUGGCAGGUAAAAUAACUGGUAUGUUACUGGAGAUCGAUAAUACAGAGCUGCUGCACAUGCUGGAACACAACGAGUCCCUCAAAAAUAAGGUUGAAGAAGCUGUGGCUGUAUUACAGGCUCAUCAAGCUCAACUGGCUGCAACUCAAAUAAAAAAGGAUUGAGGUGCCAAGCCUCGACACUUAUAUUAUAAAUACUAUUAUAAAAUAUAUAAAAAAAAAUAUAAAAUUGCAAAUACGUCUUAAUGACAAAAAAACACAAAUAAAAAGCGAAAAUUCCUAUUAUAAUAAUCACUUACGACAACUAUCUGAAUGUAAAGUCCAUUCUUUCGUUAUUGUUUUGCUAUGUAUUGUUUUCGUUUACCGUUAUAUGUAAGUGUAUUAGUAUAGGAUAUAUUAUUUGUUAUAAGUAUAGCGUAAAUUUUUUAUUUGAAUUUCUGUUGCAAUGUCACCUGCAAUUUGUAUUACAAGGGUGACACCAUCCUAUGCAGACUAUAAUGUUGGUAAUUCAAUGAUUUUUUGAGGCUAUGUGCUACCAUGAGAACAAACUGCAUGUUAUGAUAAACUAAACUAGUGCUACGUGACUGUUUAUGUCAAAUCGACAAUUUCUAACAUUUAUUUUUUAUCUAGAGUGCAUUGUCCCAUCCGAAAUUGUGCUUAUUGACAUAAACAAAUGUAUUUCUGUCCGGAAGUUUUUAAGGUGUUCAUAUUCUCGCCAAUAUGGUAGCGCAUGUUUUUAAAUUUUUAUUGUAAUACCAAAACAUGACAAUGACUACAUUUUGUUUGAAUUUUCAAUAUAUUAUUUGCGAAAGCAUGUUUUCUACUGAUAAGCUCGUUUUAUCUAUUUUAAGUUACUUGUUACUUUAGGUAGGCUACGGCCGACGUUUUUAUAUUUAGCAUAUUAGUUUUAGUUGUUGUGUUAAUUUAUUGUAUUCUAUGGUUUGUGGAUUUUUAUCAGUUUCCAACAGAAAAUAAAGCUAAACAACGUAUUUGUUGAAUUUAUU